CUGUGUAGUCCUUCCAAAUACCUCUCAAAGACGGCUGCGUAAAGUCAUGUCUUGCAGCUGAAAGAUGACACUGGGUCCUGACGUGCAAAUUCUCCGGAAAAUGAUUAAGCAGCAGUUCCGCAAGCGCAGGGUGCCGCUUUCACUGCUUUUGUUGCUUCAAUUCGUCGCUAACACUGUGUUCGAUUGUUCAACCACGGAACACGGGCCUAUCUCUCUGAAAUGUGAAUCGACACAGUGGGCGUCAUGAUACUGCCUCUGCAAUGGUCAAGGUCGAUUUUCUCUUGUCCGAAACAGACAGUAGUGACCCGGAGGCAGAGGAGGAUGAUUCAUCCGAGCAGGAACCACCCGAGCCAGAACACGAGCCGUCAAAUACGCGCAAGUCGACACCGACAUGGUCAACCGAGCUCAUCAACGAAACUCCAUCGUCAUGUCAGAGGUCGAUUUCUGCAUGCAUGAUAGACCCAUUUCAACCGCUUCCAAUCGAGGUCGACAAGGUCACCAAUCAGUUGUUACACUUCUAUGGGCAGGACAGGUAUUGGCAGACUGCCUAUGCCUUGUCUGACAAGAUCAAGCCCAGCAUCAAGGGCUCGUGGGAGUAUCAGACGGGCUUGUCCAAGACCCAUCUUCACACUCUCAUGGCACGUUCUGCUCUCCAUCAGCUGCGAAUGAACGGAAACCUGGCUCCAGCCUCUCGAAGAGCUUUGGAGACUGCCGCAUUGAAGCAUCAGGGGGACGCCUUGGCUGUUCUGAGGAGGAAGGUCGCUCUAGGACCUAGUGCUGACCGAAAGGAGGUUCUUACGGCUUGCCUCAGUCUCGCGACGUUCGAGCAGCGGUAUGGCAAACGUGAGACAUCGUACAUACAUUUUGGAGUUGCCAGAGACAUCGUGAGGCAGCUUGGGUUCCGAGGUGGGCUGCACGAUCGGCUCAGAGAAGAACAGGCUUUGUGGUUCGAAGGAAUCUACAGCGAUCCUUUGGCUUCGUUCAUCUGGGCCAAAGAGGACGCGAGUCGGAGGUUCAAGUGGUUGACGAGCUUGUUGGAAGAGGUUGACCGUCUCUGACGAGACCGUCAUCGACUACCACCCCAUCUCAGGGUCGCUUUCAUCAAUGUCGGAACAAGACUGCAUUUCCUCUGUCGCAGGACGGAAAAGAGGCUGAUUAGCGUUUAUGGCGACAUUGACGACAGUAUCUCGCAGCAAAGAUGUGUAUUGAUCAUUGUUUGUAUCGUCAUGGGGCUUUUUGGGCAAUUGGAUGAUGCGAACACUUUGGGUCCAACUCCGGAUCUCGCUGCAGUCAUAGUGCCAUUGGUGCCUAUGCCGGCUGGAUCGAGGAAAAGC